UGCUGCAGUCAAAAGUCACAGGCAGCCUGCUCAUCCUACAGGUACCAGGGGGCAUCUCACCCUGCAAGUGCUGCCCUGUUCCCUCCCCCACGUCAUGUACACCAUCACCCGAGGACCCAGCAAGCUCACCACCCAGAGGAGAACAGGUCCCAAGCAGCAGAUUGACACUAAGCUGCAGGAACUGAAAAGCAAGCAGCAGCUGUUGCUCCCCACCUUGUCCAACGGCUGGGACCCCCUCCCAAGUCCUGCUCCUCCAAAGCUAGUUUUCAGUCGAGUGAACGGCAAGCGUAGCGCGUCCCUCAGCCCCACGUCAGAAGAAGAAGCCUACACACCGGCACACGAGGAGAACGUCCGCUUUGUAUACCAGGCCUGGCAGGAGGUGCAGCAUCAGCUGGAGAGGCCAGAACUCAACGGAUGCAGACCCCAGCAAUAUCAGGAUCCAACUCCAAAUCCAACUCUUAAGAAUUUUGUUCCUAUCGACCUUGAAGACUGGUGGGCUGAACGUUUCCUGGCCAACAUUGAGAACUGCGCCUGAAGGACCCUCGGAGGAGACCGCCUGACCUUUAUAGUUUAAUAUGCACAUUUUUUUUGCUCAUUGCAGUAGCGUCCAAGAAUCCAACCGUCCAAUGCGGCUCUGUUCACACACUAGUAUCCUAAAAGAUGGCUGCAGCGAGACAUGGUGCUGACAUCGGGCCUGCUUGGACGAGGAUUACAGUAUUCAAAGCUACUUGAGAAAGCACAGAACGAGUAGGCGCUGGAGGCCGGGGCCUUCACGGUUCACUAUGGGAGGAGAAGGGAACACUAGCACGGUGGUACUAUGCACUACAGCAGUAACUGGCAACUUGUGGCUCUUUACAACCCUCAGCAUGCAACAGGGGGAAUGCUGAGAGUUGUAGUUUCACAACCGCUGGAGAGCCGCCACAGCUUGUCCAUCACUGCACUAUAGAUUAUGGAAUGGGCAAUAGUUGUACAAACUUGAUAUUGAUGCUCAGUCUGAACCUUAAUGGUCUCACGCACAUUGACUCAUUUCCCCUUGUCGUUCUCCUGUCUGCGUCUGUAGGGUACUGGGGUCUCUCUCAAGAGCUGUGAACCUGUGUGAUGCCCACAACUGGUCUCCCUCAUGUCUUGUCCAUUUUUUUUUUGUAUUAGAGGGAUCUGUACAGAGCGGGAAAUGUCUAUUUUUCUAAAUAAAGUUUGUUUUGCCUGA